AUGAACGCGGAGGAAUCUAAUGAAUUCAAAAAGGUCCGCGUCUUUGCCUCGUUGCCACGUACCGUUCGAGGCUUCCCUACGGUGAUUGGUUCCAGCCCGAAAGGUGAUAAAAUCAUUUACUGUAAUGGGAACUCUGUCUUCAUCGUCGAUGUUGAGGACGUCACCAAUGUGGACAUCUAUACCGAGCAUCCAGUGGCAACCACUGUCGCCAAGAUGAGUCCCAGCGGUUUCUACAUAGCAUCCGGAGAUAGCGCUGGAAAUGUGCGUAUAUGGGAUACAACUCAGAUCACUCACAUUUUGAAAGCAACUUAUCAGGUGUUUUCUGGAAGCGUUCGCGAUAUCGCAUGGAACGAUGACAGCAAACGGAUAGCUGCUGUUGGAGAAGGACGUGAAAGAUUUGGUCAUGUAUUUUUGUUCGACACGGGCACAUCAAAUGGUAACCUUUCCGGCCAGUCCAGGCCAAUGAGCAGUAUUGAUUUUCGCCCCGCAAGACCUUACCGUCUUGUAAGCGGGUCGGAGGACAACACUGUUGCGAUCUUUGAAGGACCACCGUUCAAGUUUAAGACGACAUUCCAUGAACAUUCUCGAUUUGUUCAUGUUACACGGUACAGUCCGGACGGCUCUCUCUUCGCAAGUGCUGGUGCUGAUGGAAAGGGAGGUGCUGCCCACGCUGGAAGCGUAUUCGGACUGGCUUGGUCACCUUGCGGUCAGAAGAUUGCCACAGCAUCCGGGGACAAAACGGUAAAAAUCUGGAAUGUUCCGGAGAAAUCUCUCACAAAAGUGGUAACCUUCGGCGACUCCACUGAGGACCAACAGAUUGGAAUCUCAUGGAGCCCAAAGGCUCUCGUAUCAGUUUCACUUGCAGGAUUCCUUAACUUUAUCGAUCCUGAAGGAAAUAUAACUAGGGUAGUUCAUGGUCACAAUAAGGGAAUAACAACACUAGCGCUUUCUUCUUGCAAACAAUGGCUGAUUACAGCCGAUUUUGAGGGGCAUAUAUCUCGUUGGAAUAUUUCAAAUGGCGAGUCGAUUCGAGUCCAACCAGCUCUUCACAAAUCUCAGGUGGUGGGGUUGACUACUGGAAAAGAUGAAGUCGUGAUCAGCUGUGCAUGGGACGAUACAGUCCGUUUUACUCGCGGAGUCAUGGGCAGUCCUGAUUCCAUACAGUCAUCAAGUGUGAAUUUGCCAUCACAGCCACAAGGUAUGGCUUCGGAAGGUCACUCGACUGUUAUAGCAUGUUACAAGAACAUUUUGGUGUUUGAGGUUGGAGGUCUCUUACGCAGGGGUAAGGAUGUUCAUUCGUAA